AUGCGAUCAGUUCAGUUGUUUCCAGUUGUCUCCGAGCUUUCGUACGGAUUUGGUUAUCUUUUAAUUGUUUCGCGCUUCUGUCGAUUGUUUCGUUCGAUCAUUGAGACAAGUGCCGAGUAACGUCGUUGAAUCGCUGCGUACAACGACAACGACGUAGUUUAUGACGAAGUGUAAUUCGCGAAGUGCAUACGUUCAGUGUCUGCGGUUUCUUCUUUUAACCAGAAAUACCUACAUGCUGCUUCCCGAGUGACAGAGGGAUUGUGCCGUAGAGACUCGAAGAAUGCUGAAUCGCGAUACCGCGAUACACCUCGUUGCCGGAGGAGUGGCUGGCACCGCGGGUGCGAUAGUCACUUGUCCUUUGGAAGUUGUAAAAACACGGCUGCAGUCUUCUUCUUCCGGUUUUUAUCCACCUCCGAUAAACAAGGAGCUGACUUCCGGACACGUGACUUGCAAGAGCUUUCCUAAACCGGAACAAAGAAGGCGGUUAUGCACAGGAGGCUACACUAGGCAUGCUCUGGUUGCUUUAUCUCACUUUGGGGUACCCACCCCUCCUGGAGGCUCUCCUCACAGCCACUCGGCUCCGGGUAUCUAUCAAUGUAUAAGAUACAUCGUUCAGAACGAAGGGACUCGCGCACUGUUCAAAGGGCUUGGUCCUAACCUCGUCGGCGUAGCUCCCUCGAGAGCAAUUUACUUUUGCGCCUAUUCGAAGAGCAAGGUCGCCUUUAACUCGAUUCUACCACCGGACACGGCUGUCGUUCACGUUUUCUCCGCAUUCUGUGCUGGUUUCGUGGCAUGCACGUUGACAAAUCCUAUUUGGUUCGUGAAGACCAGGCUACAGCUGGACCACCGAACAAACAGAAUCACCGCGAUGGAAUGCGUGCGCAGGAUAUAUCGUCAAUCGGGGAUUUUGGGAUUUUACAAAGGCAUCGUAGCAUCCUACGUAGGCAUAAGCGAGACUGUGAUACAUUUUGUGAUCUACGAGGCUGUAAAGGCUUGGCUGGCGAACCUCAGGUCCAGAGUCUCCAGGACGGACGACAGCAAAACGAUCGGCGACUUUAUCGAAUUUAUGGCGGCAGGAUCCUUCUCGAAGACCAUAGCGUCCACCAUCGCUUACCCCCAUGAGGUCGCGAGAACACGAUUAAGGGAAGAAGGGACAAAGUACCGAGCGUUCUGGCAAACUCUGAGAACGGUGGUCGCCGAAGAAGGGCCAAACGGGUUGUACCGUGGACUGGGCACUCAUCUGAUCAGGCAGAUUCCGAACACGGCCAUCAUAAUGGCGACCUACGAAGCUGUCGUGUACAUUCUGAGUAGACACUUUCAUCAGCGCACCAGUGGAAGAAACAGCAUCGCCAGUAACACCGGAUCGCAGUUCUACGCGGAAGCGAAGGCGAAACGAGAGCUGGCCUAGGGCUUGCUUACGGCCCCCGAAUAAAGGGCCGAUGGUUUCUUUCGAUUUGUGAAUACAAACGUCCAAGUGUUGAAACGACGAGGCGUCCAGAGACGCCAGGGAGAGACCCUCCGUUGGAACCGUGUUGUUCGCGCCAUCGGUUGGUGCCAUAUUUCCAUAUUUGUUACAUUUCAAGGUAGCAAAAGGUAUCGCAGCGCGUUGAACGCUCUGCGCUCUGUAAGUGUAGCAAAACGUAGUCCUUCCUCCUUUCAGGUAGCAUACAUUCGUACACGGAACACCGCCCCGUCUGUAGUACCCUGCCGAGAAACGCACGGAACACGAAGCGGGAACCACAGCUGGAUUUAUCGAGUCGAUUGCUUCCAAGUACGAAGCGAGUUUCGCGCCUAAACCUCACAACUCACCUCGCCUCGCCUCGCCUCGCCUCGCCUCGCCUCGUCUCGUCUCGUUCCACAACGAUCGUUGAACAGAACUCGUAUCGUUAUCAGCGGGAUCGUAAUUCGAAUCGCGAUCGCAACUGCUCUUCCGUUAGCCGUGAAACGGUCGAUACGUUUUCAUCCGUUUUAGAUAUUUUUUCUUUUCUCUUCCGUAUUCCGAGGUUUCCGAAAAAACUUUUCGCAGCUUUCGAGUUUCAUUUUCUUACUGGAAUUGCGCGCGCGCGCGAUAAUAGUCUUUCUUCUAGGACGCGAACAAAUUUGUAAAGAUUUCAGAUUUUUCACCGAUUACCUUUUACCGCCAACCGAACACUCGUAAUCUAUCAUCGAAUCGUGAUCAUCGAUUUUUGUUAUUCUUCCAAGUGUGAUAUUUCGUAUCUCGCGACGUCAUUUUCAAUUCUGAACGAUCGUUCGGUGUGCUUUGUAUUCAGCGUUAGCGUAAACACGUAUUAUUACUAUUAUUAUUCUAUCGUGACUUAGUUACGUUUGAUUUUUGCAAUCUUAUCGUGUAUCAACGAAACAGCCGAUCGAGCAGAACUCCUGGGACAAUCGAUGCGCGGGUUAUAAAUCGUAAAGUCAACGAAAGAUGAAUUCUCUAAGAAAUUCUAUAAAUCUUUGGUUCGCUUUUUCCAAGUCAGCUUUCAGGAGUCCUUCAACGACGAACACCGUUCCGUCGUUGAUAUUUCGAAUGGCGAAAUCAUAGCGACCAUGAAUUCUGUAAAACGUAGCAGUAAGUGUUGUGUACAUAAAAUAAAAAUGCGGUAUAACUAGCCGUUGAGUUGCA